CCACCACCACCACCGCCACCUCCACCUCCACCAAUACCGCCACCUCGUACAUAUAUAUCGCCUACUCCUUCUCCUUCUCCACCACCUACACGUCGUACGUAUCUUCCUCCACCUCGACCUUCACCUUCACAACCUACGAGACCGCCUGCUAUAUACCCAGCUCCUAACAGAAAUCAUCAACCAAUAUCGACACCUGCACCCACAUAUUUACCACCGUAUAAUCAACAAUUACCUAUUGUUGGAUCGACAGCUGUAUCAAAUGCAGGUGCCUCCACUAUUUCUAUUGGUCCUUCAAGUGGUUCUUCAAGUUUUCCAUCUCUUUCGGGUGGUGUUUCAACAGCUUUUCCAGCAAGUGGUGUAAUAAAAUUGAGUAGUCCAGCUGGCGGAUCAAGCUUUGCAACUGCUUCAAGUUCGGCUAGUGCUAGUGCGUCCAGUGGAACAUCUAUUAUAAGUUAUCCUUCAGUCACACCAGGAUAUCCUUCCGUCACACCAGGAUAUCCUUCAGUCACGCCAGGAUAUCCUUCCGUUACACCAGGAUAUCCUUCAGUUACACCAGGCUAUCCUUCAAUCACACCAGGCUAUCCUUCAGUCACACCAGGCUAUCCUUCAGUCACACCAGGCUAUCCUUCAGUCACACCAGGAUAUCCUUCAGUCACACCAGGAUAUCCUUCAACUGUACCGGGAUACCCUUCUUUUAUGCCCUCACCUCCUUCACCUACAGCAGGCUACCGCUAGUUGCUGAUUUCUUGCAAUUAUUAUCUGAGAGCUAUAUUAUCCAUCUACUUCAUUCGGAUGUUUAAAUAAUCCGUUUGUAAAUUGUUCUUGCUUUGUAUAACUAUCAAAAACGUGCGCACGUCUAAAAUAUCAGCACUUGUUAAGUUAUAGAUUACGAUGCUAAAUAUUUGCAAUGCAGAAAAGUAAAGAAAUCUAUUUAAAGAUAUCAUCUUGUGUAAAUUAAAUUGUAAUUUGAAUUUGUAAUGUUCAAAUGAUGUAAGAAUAAAUUAGUAUUAUUCAAUAAAGAUGUGAUACAUUUCUUUUUCUA